CAUCGACACAGAGACACCAUGCUUUCUGCAGCUCUGUUCUACCUUGUAGCUGUGAUUUGUUCAGCAACAUGGACACACGCUCUCCCCCUUUACCCUGAGUCCAGCCUGGAGCCACAGACAGAUUUCAUUCAGAAACUAGUUUCAGAAGUGGAGGACGGCACCAAUGCUGCAGAAGGCGAACAGAGAGAUGUGAAUAAUAUUUAUCCCCUACUGGUGCAUCACAAUGGAGGGAGGGACUCGUGGAAUAAAGGGGUGAAAGAUUCAGCACAACAGGAUAAGUUUGCAAACAUGGUCGAGGAGCUGAAAGAAGUUGUACUGAAAUUGGCUGCCGCUGAGAAGCUUCGGUCGCAGGGUUUCCUCAGAUCAGAGCAGAGCCUCCCGAAAACGAACAAAAGAGGUGCGUGA